UGUGAGAUCGAGUUGUGAAGUGCAAAGUGUUACGCAGUGUUUUUCAGUAUUUUCUUUUUGAAUGAAAAUUAUUGACUAAACAACGAACUAUUUUAGUGUCGAAUCUUUUAAAAUUACACUAGAAACCGCGACCUAGACCUUCUUAAAGUGUGCCUUUGUGUGAUUACAAGAAAAAAAGUUGUUUUGUUACGCAAAAAAUCUAUGGUGUGUGCAAAUAAAAAUAUUAGUUGUAUCGAGUAAUGUGAGGUGGUGACGUCACAAGAUGGCGGUCGGGGAGGCGCGCGUCCCUCUGCUGCACGGCGACAGGCAGGCGCCGGCGCAUACACAUCAUGAGCCAGCAGUCCACAAGGCUCCCCUGGACCACUCGCGGCUAGGGCGUGGCACCACAGUGGUGACGUCACUCGUAGCUGGUGCCACCGCUGGAGCCAUCGCCAAGACUGCCAUAGCACCGCUAGAUCGCACAAAGAUUAACUUCCAGAUCUCACAGACUCCUUAUUCAUGGCGGGCAGCGAUAAACUUCCUCCUGACGAGUGCCCGCACGGAGGGGCUGCUGGCACUCUGGCGCGGUAACAGUGCCACUAUGGCGCGUAUAGUGCCGUACGCCGCCAUACAGUUCACUGCGCAUGAACAGUGGAAGAAGGCGCUCGGAGUUGAUACGCCGCAAAGUGCUAAAGCACACCCGGUCCUCCACUUAAUAGCGGGUUCCCUAGCGGGAGUGACGUCACAAUCCGCUACCUACCCUCUAGACAUGGCGCGGGCUCGUAUGGCAGUCACCAACGUAGCCGAGUACAGCACAUUGCGGACUGUAUUCGUUAGAGUAGCCAGGGAUGAGGGCUUAAGGACCCUUUAUAGAGGGUACUCGGCGACGGUGCUAGGCGUGAUCCCUUACGCCGGCGUGUCCUUCUUCACGUACGACACGCUCAAACAUAAGUAUUUUGAAUAUUUCGGCAAGCCCCAAGGAGCGCUAGUGAACGUAGCGCUGGGCGGGUGUGCGGGCGCCAUUGCCCAGACGGCGUCGUACCCGCUGGACAUCGUGCGCCGGCGCAUGCAGACCGCGCGGCGCCGGCCCGACGGGACCUACCCGUACAAGAGCAUCGGCCAGACACUGGUCGUCGUAUACAAGUGCGAAGGUUGGCGUGGUUUCUACAAAGGCCUGAGUAUGAACUGGGUCAAGGGGCCCAUAGCGGUCGGCAUAUCGUUCGCCACGUACGACGCUAUCAAGAAUACGCUCAGAGAUGUUGCUGUACACUUCAAUAGCUAGCCGAGGAGUGACCUUGGGAUUGGGAAGGAGCGACCUUGGGAUUGGAGAGGAGUGACCUUGGGAUUGUGGAGGAACGAGUUUGGAAUUGUGAAGGAGUGAAUUUCAAAUUAUAGAGGAGUGAAUUUUGAACUGUUGGAGGACAACCUUGGAAUUAUAAGGCAGUGACCUUGAAAUUGUAGAUUUGAGGCGCAAAAAGUAAGUUUUUAAAACUCUUACGACCAAAUACUGAAAGGUUACUCAAUUUGAAGUCGUACUCAAAUAUCGUGCCAUCUCUGUCAUGUAAAUAGAACUAGCUGUGCCUGCGAUUCGUCCGCGUGGAAUAGUGAUUCACAGCUCCUCCCCCGUAGUUGAUAGCGUGAUAAUAUGUAGCCUAUAUGUUGAC